GGUCGGACCCAUUCGGAGCACCAGGCUGGGCAAAGUGAAGGCCUGGGCCGGCCCUGCUGGGGAAGGGCCCCACUCACCCUCUCCCUGCCUCCGGCCAGCACGCACGGUCCCCUGGUGUCCGCCCGACCAUGUCUCUGGCUGAGGCCAUCCGCCUCUGGAAUGACGGGGUGCUGGCAGCCGACAAGAAGGACUGGAAGGGAGCCCUGGACGCCUUCUCUGCAAUCCAGGACCCGCACUCCAGGAUUUGUUUCAACAUGGGCUGCAUAUACACCAUCCUGGAGAAUUGGGCAGCGGCAGAAAAGGCCUUCUCCAGAAGCAUUAACCGAGACAAGCACCUGGCGGUCGCCUACUUCCAACGAGGCAUGCUCUACUACCAGAUGGAGAAAUACGAUUCAGCGAUCCGGGACCUUAAGGAGGCCUUGACUCAGCUUCGAGGGAACCAACUGAUAGACUACAAGAUCCUGGGGCUGCAGUUCAAGCUGUUUUCCUGCGAGGUCUUAUAUAACAUCGCUUUCAUGCACGCCAAGAAGGAGGAAUGGAAAAAGGCUGAAGAGCAGUUAGCAUUGGCCAUGAGCAUGAAGUCUGAACCGAGGCAUUCCAAAAUCGACAAAGCCAUGGAAUGCAUCUGGAAGCAGAAGCUGUACGAGCCGGUGGUGAUCCCCGUGGGCAGGCUUUUUCGACCCAAUGAGAAGCAAGUGGCCCAGCUGGUGAAGAAGGACUACCUAGGCAAGGCUACGGUGGUGGCGUCUGUGGUGGAUCAAGACAAUUUCUCAGGGUUCGCGCCUCUGCAGCCACAGGCCGCUGGGCCUCCACCCAGGCCCAAAACGCCAGAGAUCUUCAGGGCUCUGGAAGGGGAGCCUCACCGUGUGCUGUUCGGGUUUGUGCCCGAGACACCGGAGGAGCUCCAGGUCAUGCCCGGGAACAUCGUCUUCGUCUUGAAGAAGGGCAUCGAUAACUGGGCCACAGUCAUGUUCAACGGGCAGAAGGGGCUCGUGCCCUGCAACUACCUGGAGCCAGUGGAGCUGCGGAUCCAGCCUCAGCAGCAGCCUCAGGAGGAAGCCUCCCCGGCUGCUGAUAUCCCAGCCCCGCCCAGUUCCAGUGCUCCUGGAAGACCCCCGCAGUUAUCAGGUCAGGAAGAAAAAGAAGAGUCCAAGGAAGUGAAGCUCAGUGUCCCCAUGCCCUACACACUCAAGGUGCACUACAAGUACACAGUGGUCAUGGAGACGCAGCCCGGACUCCCCUACAGCCAGGUCCGCGACAUGGUGUCCAGGAAACUGCAGCUCCUGCCGGAACACACUAAGCUAAGCUAUCGGCCCAAGGACAGCAACGAGCUGGUGCCCCUUUCAGAAGACAGCAUGGCGGCCGCCUGGGGCCAAGCGAAAAACUACUGCCUGACUCUGUGGUGUGAGAACACAGUGGGUGACCAAGGCUUUCCGGAGGAACCUGAGGGAAGUGAAAAAUCUGAGGCUAAUAACCAGACAUCAGCGCCUCAGUUUAAGGAGGGGAGCCAAGUGGUAGCACUCUUCAGCUACGAGGCUACCCAACCAGAAGACCUGGGGUUUCUGGAAGGGGACGUCAUCCAGGUUCUGUCCAUGGUGAACGACGACUGGAUGGAAGGGGAGUGCAAGGGGAAGUUCGGCAUUUUCCCCAAGGCUUUCGUGGAAGAACGUGCAGCUGCAGACCCCAGCGGCGCUCCUAGAGGGGUCUAGGGUGCCCGGCAACCUGCAGAGUUGAAGGAAAAAAGUACCAUCUCAUUUGUAAGAUUGAGGACGCCUGAGCGGUGCACCAUAGCGAGACCAUUAUGGUUUGGAAGUGUUCACUUUUUCCGGUUCAAAUGGAACCGAUCAGCGAUGGGAGAGUUUAGGAUUAUGAGUCCCUUGGGGCGGGGUGGGGGGUAUGGUCGGACGAGUCUGGAAGGGCACGACGGGUGGUUUCCUGCUGGCGCUGGCUACCCAGCUCUGUUCACUUUGUGAGAAACUCACCGAGUUGUACAGUUAUUAUUGGUGCACUUCUCUGUAUGUGUGAUAAAAAUAAAAGUCCAAGAUGCCCAGAGUGCAGGCCCAAGGCCUAAAUGAAACUCUAUUCCUGUAGGAUCACAUCACAGACCCCUGGGGCCUAAGUAACUUCCAGGUGACUCGGGAGGCACACACACAACAUUAACUGGUCUUUACGUCUCCUGGCUUUAACAGAA